UAAACAAGAACACCCUUUUCUUCCUUUGAUGCCAUGGCUUACCCACAUUACCGAUCACAGUUCGGAGACACAACGUUCACGAAGGUGUUUGUUGGAGGACUAGCUUGGGAGACUCCAACUGAAGAAAUGCGCAAAUAUUUUGAACAGUUUGGUGACAUUCUUGAAGCUGUCAUUAUCACUGAUAAGAACACAGGAAAAUCUAAAGGCUACGGAUUCGUAACAUUCCGUGAUCCAGAAUCAGCUAGAAGAGCAUGUGCUGAUCCAAACCCAGUGAUUGAUGGAAGAAGAGCAAAUUGUAACAUUGCUUCUCUUGGAAGGCCUAGACCAUCACCACCCAGAGGAAGGGGUACAUUCCAAAGUGGGGUGGGGACAGGAGCACCAGGAACGGCGUCGUACAGUGGCGUGCCGGCGGGAGGAGCGCCGCCGUUGCCACCGCCACCGCCGGUAUUGUACCCUCCAUAUGGCUACCCUACCUACACCCCUGAUUAUGGGUACCACCAAGCCACAUUGUAUAACCCACAAAUUCAUCAACCUCAAUACUACCAACAACUUUAUGGACCAUCAUCUUCCACCAUGGGUUCCCCAUAUUACUAUGGUUAUUCUAUGCAAGCACCAAGAGGCACAUUUUCUACACCCCAAGCACAUCGCAUACCAGCUGGACCCUCCUAUUUAUACUACCCUACACCCAUGGAAAGCUCCUUCUCUGCAUAUCGUCCACCUCAAUUGCAACAACUAGCAAUAAGGCAACCCCCUCCUUCCCCUAGUGAUUCACAGACUCAACAGCGUACCUCCUCCGAGACAGCAGCUGGAGUAGUUAUAACUUCAGAAAGUUCAAAUAGCCAAGGGAAGAACUAA